UGUAGAAAAUUGGUAUCUUCCUCUACUAGUAAAAGCAUCGCUCUAUCCUCUCAUCUCUUUCUCGGGCUCGGCUACCUCUCUUUCCCUCCACCACUCUCGCCGGGAUACGCCACUCGCGGGGGAUAACACAGCCCCGUUCCCUUUAACCAUCGGAAAAAACCCACGAACCACCAGAUAGCAUUUCUUCAAAAUAAAAAAUGGCUUCAAUGCCCUCUUUAUCUUCCACACUUCCCAUGGUCACAGCACCAAAACUAUCAGUCUACACAAGAACAAGAAACUCUGUUUCUUUUCCCACUUCAUUAUUGGCUUGUCGUUCUUCUGUUUCGAAGCGGACAGAGUCAAGGUUUUAUGGUAAUGGAGGACUGUUUACAUUUGCUUGCUCUACGUCACCGUUUUUGGGGAGAGUUGGGUCGCAGAGAAGAGAAGGAAAUGUUUCUCUACUAUAUUUUGGGAUUAGUAAUUCUAAUGUUGAGGUGGAAAAGACUAAUUCUUCUCAGGUCCUAUCGGCAAUGCUUCCUUUUGUUGUUGCCGUCACUGCUAUUGCUGCUCUUGUUCAACCAUCCACUUUUACAUGGGUGUCGAAGGAGCUAUACGCUCCUGCCCUUGGUGGGAUAAUGUUGUCAAUUGGAAUUAAACUUUCCAUUGAUGAUUUUGCUCUUGCACUUAAGAGACCUUUACCACUCUCUAUUGGGUUCCUUGCACAGUAUGUGCUCAAACCGGCUCUUGGGAUAUUAAUUGCAAAAGCACUUGGGAUGUCUCAUAUGUUUUUCUCAGGUUUCGUCCUCACAGCAUGUGUUGCAGGAGCUCAACUAUCUAGCUAUGCCAGUUUCUUGAGCAAAGGGGAUGUGGCCAUGAGCAUUCUCCUUACUAGCACUACAACAAUUACAUCAGUGCUUGUCACACCUCUUUUAACUGGCCUCCUUAUUGGCUCUAUUGUUCCAGUUGAUCCCAUUGCCAUGUCAAAGUCGAUAUUGCAGGUUGUUCUUGUUCCAGUCACCCUUGGCCUUGCCCUCAACACCUAUGCAAAGCCGGUGGUACAGCUUAUUCAGCCUGUGAUGCCAAUUAUUGCGAUGAUAUGUACAUCAGUAUGCAUUGGCAGCCCACUGGCAAUAAACAGGAGCCAUAUUUUGUCUGCACAGGGUCUCAGAUUGGUUUUUCCAGUAUUGGCAUUUCAUACAGCGGCAUUCACUUUGGGAUAUUGGAUUUCCAGGAUUCCAUUUUUGAGGCUAGACGAAGAAGUUAGCAGGACGAUUUCAUUAUGCACAGGAAUGCAAAGCUCCACUCUGGCCGGGCUUCUCGCAUCACAGUUCCUUGGGACCACUCAGGCUGUCCCACCAGCAUGUUCUGUAGUUGCCAUGGCGAUCAUGGGUCUCUCUCUUGCAUCUUUCUGGGGCAGUGGCUACCGGAUAAGGGAUUUGCCUUCCCGCCUCAUCCCACAGUUUGGUUCUACUGUCAAGGCUUAGUCUAACAAAUUGAGCUAAUUUAAUAGAGUUGGUCUAGAUAGACAAGAAACCAUCGGCAGUGAUGGUCGAACCAUCAUAACCGAUUAGAUAGGCAUUACAGUCAAUAGAUAUAGUAGAAGCAAGUGCAAAGUAUAGAUAGCAGAAACUGCGGCCGUAUCUGGUGUUGUAUAGUUAGAAGAGCUGUUUUCACGGUCGGAGCUUAAAGUCACUACUGUACAUAUUAGAGGCACAUAAAUUACAUCCUUAAUAGUAAUUGCCUGCAUUGUAAAACUCAAUUCACCACCAUUUUCUCCAACAGCCUAUGAAAGCGAAAGUGAAGACUGCAAA